AUGGAUCAUGAUUAUUUGCUCUCAGAGUUUGACCGGCUCGUCAGCGAGGGCGUGGUCUUGUAUGACGACAAACAGACCAUCCUGCACCAACAGGACGGUGGCUUAACUUUCCAAUUCGUUCUCACGAGCGCCCUUAACAAGAAGCCGACCGCUGCUACGGCGGGCGAGCAAUCCAAAGAGCUCGUCGAAAAGAGCGUACGCCCGGGAAGCGACAUUGACACGAAUGGCUAUGAGAUUGGCCACGUCGGGAGCUCCCACGUUCUAGUCGCCAACAAAUUCUGCUACGCGCGGCCGCAUUACUUGCUGCUGACCGAGGACGGCUAUGCGCGGCAGUAUGAACCGCUCAACAGGUCGGAUCUCGCUGCGGCCUGGGCCCUGCUCUCUAGCCGUGGCAAUGACAAGCUUUCCUUGUUUUUCAACUGCGGCAACGGAGCGGGAUACAGCCGGCUGCAUAAGCACAUGCAAUUGAUACCGACCCCUCGCAAUACAUUUGCAUCAUUUCUGGAUUCGGCAAAUGGCGCAGAGCCAGACGUUCCCUUUCAAUGGUUUUAUCAGCGGUUUUCGGAUCCUACCGUGACAUCUGUCGGGACUGUUGUCGAUACCUACCAAAAGUUGCUGAGAAAAGCAAUCAAAGCUAUUGAAACGUGCCAGGGACACGAGACUGAUAACUUUCCAGGAGCUGUUUGCUCACACAACGUCAUUAUGACUACCAGAUGGAUCCUUGUGAUUCCGCGUCGCAGACCCUCUGUGCGUGCUGAAUCUGGAGCGAAUGCCAUGGGGAUGCUAGGAUACAUAGCUGUGUCAUCGAAAGCUGAUAUUGACAACUGGACAGAUCAAGGGCUGUGCAAGUUGCUCCGUCAGUUGGGUGUGCCAAAGUGA